GCACAUUAUAAUUUGUACAAUUUUAAAUAUGUGUUUUUUAUACUUUCCAUUGUAAAGCUCGGUCAGAAUGGGAUCAAAUCUGCCGAUAAAAACGCUGGUAACAAAACUCACAAAAUUGCCACUGAAAAGGCAUACAACCCCUCUAAACAUUAAAAGACUCCCCUAUUAUUACGAAAAACAUAAACACAUAUCACUCUUUUCAGGAGACUGGAGGAGAAUAAAAUGCGACUGUGUAUAUCUAAAGACAAAACAGGAGUAUUUGAGACUUGUAUUACUAGCAAAAAUCGCAAAUAUGGAACCAAAAGUGGAUAUAAACGAGGAUGAUCGAACUGACAGUGAAUUCGAGGAAUGUACAGAAGUAAUAAAGAAUGCCAAAUACGUGUACUUUGGAGAUAUUGAUAAAUUUCAGACAAAGGCUCCAGAGUUUAAUGUGAAAUCUCUCUUGAUACCCCUGGAGUUGCUACAUUCAGAAGAGUUUGAAGAUGACCUCUCCAAAAAAAUCGUGGAGUCUGCAAAAAGAAUGAACUCCAUAAAGAAAAUCGCAAUCUGUGCACAUAGCAAUCACUUGUGGAACUUUUACAAUCAGCUCCUGAGGCAUGGAUAGAUGCUUAAAUCUCAAUCUUUUCAAAGCUUCCAACACGUUUUUUAAACAUUUCAUGUGCUUUUUCCCAGGCCUGUUUAAAGUUUGACUCGUU